AUGGGAGAGGAGAAUGAAAGGAGAGUUAAGAAGAGGGAAAGAGAAGAAGGGAGAAGAAAAAGAGAGGAAAGAAGAAGCAUGGGAAGAGAUGAUGAGAAAAAAGAAGAGGAGGAAGGGAACGAGAAGGCGAAUGAGAGAGAGGAGGAAGAAGAAGAAGAAGAAGAAGAGAAGAAGCAAGAGAAGCCAAGAGGACUUUUUGCUUGUCUGAAGGAUCCAGCCCACAAGACCGAGAGCAAACAGGACAAGACAUGGCUAAGAAGAUUUCCCUCUUGGAAACUUUACAAAAGGCCCCACGACGUCGUGGCGAUUUGCCAGCAGCUAGAAUCAGCUUUCAGCGACGAGGACAAAAACACAACCGACUUGGCAAUCACGAGGCUCCACCUGCUUCAUCAGAGCAGUUAUUUGAACAUCCAGUGGAUGAUCUCGCACGAACUCAAAUUGGUCUCGAUGAAGAGGCACAACGACACUGACCUCUAA